AUGUACUCCUGCUCGCCUGACCCGCGCCAUCACUCCUUCACGGUCAUCCGCCAUACCGCGAACCCGGGCACCCAACCAAUCCACUUCCCAAGCUACGCAGCAUUCGUCUCAGUCCACCCCGACUGCAUCAGCGCCUUCAACGAGCUCAAGCUAGGCAAGGACAUCAAAUACAUCAUCUACAAGAUCAGCGACGACUGGAAGGAGAUUGUGGUCGAAGAGACGUCCAAAGAAGCCGACUUCCAGACCUUCCGCGAGAAGCUGCUGAGCGCCAAGUCCAAAGACAGGCGCGGCAAGGAGGGCAUCGGCGGCCGGUACGCCGUCUACGACAUGGAGUAUGAGCUGGAGAGCGGAGAGGGCAAGCGGAGCAAGAUCACGUUUAUCAGCUGGUGCCCGGAUGAUGCGCCGCAAUAUCCUCGUAUGAUGUACUCGUCCUCCAAGGAUGCCAUCAAGCGCGCCCUGAACGGCCUGGCGGCAGACAUUCAAGCCAACGACGCCGACGACAUCGAGUACGAGAACAUCAUCUCGCGGGUCAGCAAGGGCCGUUAA